AUGUGGUCAGAUUCACAAUUUGCCAUGGGCAUCCCUCGAUGGGCUGUACAUGGUGGCGGAGCCUCGGUGACACUGGGCUUCUGGAUCAGGCUGCAUGCAGAGAGAAGCAUGUCUCUGGCGCCCUUUUGUACCCUCCUGGGACGGAACACGACGUUUUGCCCUCCUACAUUCGCCGCUCUCCUCUUUGUGCUCUCUGAGUACAAAAAUCUCAACGGCUUGACAGGUGAGACAGUCGCAUCUGAACCACAGGGCGAGAAGAGAGGAAAUGUUAUUCGUCAUAUGGGUUACCCACGCGUAAAUGUACAGCUUUCCAGGACAGAACUUGAAACUUUGAGAUGGCACGAGUACUUCAGCCAUCUCAUUGGAAGAACAACUGAUCGCUCCUUGCUUCAACCGUCUCCAAGCGCGCCACCCGCAGGAAGUCGGGAGCUCUUCUCGUUCAUGUCACCACUAACAAGAGUACGGAUAGCCGUCGCGAAACGGAAAGUCAACCUCAGCCGAACAUGUAAGGAGCUUCCCGAUUGCCGCCUGCGGUACCCAUCGAUGUGUUCCAACCCUCGCGAGCUCGCAAGCUUAGCCUGUGGAUAUUUAAGCCCCAGCAGUAGCACCGCGACGACUAGCUUGGUCAAGGACGAGAACUGCAAGGCUGCAAAAGUAAUGCACGCAUCGCUCGAUCGGUCAUAGCAAGUGGAGAUCAUGAAUGCUUGCCCUCAGCAAAACCCGUUCGAAACCGUUCCUGUGACCCCAGCCAACCUGUUUUCCAUGGGCAUCGAUGACAGGCAUCGUAGAAACACAACACCAACCCCUACUCCCCAACGCUGACGAGCAAUGCUCACCACCACCCUACUGCUGUAUCUCCAAGAGCGCACUCUAGGCAACAGCGCACCCGAUCCUGCAUCCACCCCUCGAAUCCUCGUGACACAGCGCGCGCAUAUGCAUCGGAGCAUUUCAAAACCAAUUAUCGUCCAGACGUCUCGACCUGCGGUGGUGCAUGCGCACAGAUUGCCCGCAUGUUCGCCACGCGAGGAAAAGGAAUUACAUUCGAGCGGGCAGCUAACGGGUGUGCAUGGGCCGCUUGCAAAUGGUCGUUGAGGUCUGGCUGGGUUGAGGUUUGGUGAUGCAUGAUCGUCGACCUUGGGUGUGCGUAAGCGAGGUGGGUCUGCGAGAAAGUGUUCUCGUCUUUAGUUCUCGAGGCGCGGAUAUUGGGUGCAGAGUCGGGUUGGUGUGAUGGGGCUGUUUGUCUUGAGAUGAGCAAUCUAUAUUUCAUGCCAG